AAACCGAAAAUGAGCAUCGGAGAAUGAAAUCAAAAUAGAUUGACGAUUUGAAACCCUUGUCAACUUCAUAUUCACUCUUUAGUUCAAUCAUCACUCAUCAUCAGUGACUUCUGCAGCUCUGCUAGAGGUUGAGCUUCCUCUUCUCCUUCAAAUAUCGGAAGAUUAUAACAGGUUCGAGCUUCCUCUUCUCCUUCUGUCGCUUCUUGACUUCUCCUCGUCCAGACGUAGCAGAGUGACGACUCAAGAGCGGAUUCCUCACCAGCAGAGGGACAGGAUAAGGCCAUCUUGAGGCAUAUUAGCUCCUGAAAUGGCAGGGGGCCAAAGUCCAGACGCAGCAUGGCAGCAGAGCUUGACCUCUACAGGCAAGGCACGAGUCCAGACGCACGACACGGCAGCUCCUGAAACGACAUGAAGCACAUCUUGAUCUCUACAGGCAAGGCAUGUUUGCAAACGAAUCGGAUCGACAUGGAUGGAGGCAACAAUGAGUUUGAUUUGGUACGUAUUUGAUGAAAUGCCGUGUGUGAGAAAGGGGUGUUGUCGGUUUCAUGUGCAGAAGAGGAUGAGAGUUACUUUUGUGAGAGAUUUGUAAGGGAGUGUCGUGGUCGUGGUCGUGGUCGUGGUGAGAGCUUCGAGCGUUCGAGCUGAGAGAAGAGAGGUCUGUGUCUUUUUGAGAGUAUUGGGUUUCUCAUACAGCUUUCCUGUCGCUGCCUGCGUUGGUGCCUCAAUGGAGCGGUAGCUUGUGGAACUAACUAUAAUAGCCACCUUCAACAUCGCGCUCAGACAGUAACGAGCUCAGUAGCGUCUGCAGGAAUUUCAGCCGAACUCCGAGCCCUUUUAUCCGGUAAGAAUUCCAAGUGACAGUAAGUUUACCCCACUAUCCCCCCCCAAUAGCUCUCUCUCUCUCUCUCGCUCUCUAACUUUACGGCUUCCUUCUCCUUUGACCGGUGAGUUCCAGAUCGUGAACUAUCGGUUUAUGUAAACGAACUGGAAAAAUUGGUAUUUAGCUCCACUGAUGAUGAUUAACAUGUGCUUUGUUUACAGUGCGCAGCUUACGAAGGCAUAUCAAACUGCUAAUGUUCUUUUUGAGGCGUUGAAAGCUGUUGACAUGACUCAGUCCAUUGAAGUUGAUCGGGAGAUUCAGGAGGCUCAGAACAAAGUUGCAGAAGAAAUGCAGAUUUAUGUACCUUACAACAUUCUUCCUUUUGAUCCUGAUAGUGCAAAUCAGGCAAUCAUGAAAUAUCCGGAGAUCCAAGCUGCUGUUUUUGCUCUUCGUAAUACCAGAGGUAUUCCUUGGCCGAAGGGUCACAAAAAUAAAAAGGACGAAGACAUUCUAGAUUGGCUCCAAGCAAUGUUUGGCUUUCAGAAGGACAAUGUGGCAAACCAAAGGGAACAUUUGAUCCUAUUGCUGGCUAAUGUGCAUAUAAGCCAACUACAGUUGGAUGAGCGAGCUUUGACAGAAGCGAUGGAGAAAUUGUUCGAGAAUUACAAGAAGUGGUGCAAGUUCUUGGAUAGGAAAAGCAGUCUCUGGUUGCCGACCAUCCAGCAGGAAGUACAGCAACGGAAACUUCUCUACAUGGCUCUUUAUCUUCUUAUAUGGGGGGAAGCAGCUAACUUAAGAUUCGUGCCAGGGUGCCUUUGCUAUAUUUAUCAUCAUAUGGCUUUUGAAUUGUAUGGUAUGCUAGCUGGGAAUGUCAGUCCCAUGACUGGAGAGAAUAUAAAGCCAGCCCAUGGAAGUGAAGAAGAGGCUUUCUCGAGGAAAGUGGUUACUCCGAUCUAUGAAGUGAUUGCAAAGGAAGCAGAAAAGAGCAAGCGAGGAAAGUCAAAGCAUUCGCAGUGGAGGAACUAUGGUGAUUUGAAUGAAUAUUUUUGGUCAGUUCACUGCUUCCGCCUAGGUUGGCCAAUGCGUGCAGAUGCUGAUUUUUUCCGUCUUCCAGCUGGGCAAUUAAGGAAGAAAAAUGGAAACAUACUGUCAUAUCUGAUUUCAUAUUGUUUCCCAUACUGUCAGUUCUUCCGUCGCCCACUGCCGGGUUUUCCAUCCUCAAAGGGCCCUUAUGUUUCACGAUAAGAUGCCAAGUACAUGGGGGUUGGAGAAGAAACUACAUGGUCCUACCAAAUUGAUAUUUGUAGUUUACCUCUUCGGACAUACUAGUUCAGUGAGCAAGGGCACUGCAUUUGUUCUCGCCUCUAUCUGCUUGCUGUGAAGGAAUUCAAUGAGGACUUGUAUGUUAAUGGCUUUAGCAAUCCGAUCUCUGCAACUGGCAUCUGCUUCGAUGCAGCAAA